GCUGGGCUGCUCUGAGUCGGUGCUGCUGGGCUGUCGCGCGCUUCGCCAGUUGCUGCAUUCCCGAUUGCCCGCUCCGCUCGGCCCCGCGAUGCCGGUGGACCUCAGCAAGUGGUCCGGGCCCUUGAGCCUGCAGGAAGUGGAUGAGCGUCCACAGCACCCGCUGCAGGUCAAAUACGCCGGGGCAGAUAUCGACGAGCUGGGCAAAGUGCUGACGCCCACCCAGGUUAAGAACCGCCCUACCAGCAUUAUAUGGGAUGGCCUGGAUUCAGGUAAACUCUACACCUUGGUCCUGACAGACCCAGAUGCCCCCAGCAGGAAGGACCCCAAAUACAGGGAAUGGCACCAUUUUCUGGUGGUCAACAUGAAAGGCAACGACAUCAGCAGUGGCACAGUCCUCUCUGAUUAUGUGGGCUCUGGGCCUCCCAAGGGCACAGGCCUCCACCGCUAUGUCUGGCUGGUCUAUGAGCAGGACAGGCCACUGAAGUGUGAUGAGCCCAUUCUUAGCAACCGAUCUGGAGACAACCGUGGCAAAUUCAAGGUGGCAUCUUUCCGCAAAAAGUACAAGCUCGGGUCCCCGGUUGCUGGCACAUGUUACCAGGCUGAAUGGGACAACUAUGUGCCCAAACUCUACGAGCAGCUGUCAGGGAAGUAGGGGAAAGCUGAGAAAGGAAACUAUUCUGGAGGCCCUGGGCAGUCUUCUCAAAUUCAGUGAUGCAUGUAGAUUUCUCCUCUUCCCAGCUCCCAUUGUCACAGGUGAGACUUUGAAGUCAGAUAGUGGUUUAGGGCCUUUUCCUGCUGCCUGUCCUUUAUACUUGUAGAAGGUCACACAUCCCAGUUUAUGUUUUGAUCAAAUUUGAACUUCAUUUUGGGGGAUGUUUUGUUACUGUGAUGGGGCCAUCAAAGUGUUAACUGUAAAAAUAGCAACCCAGAAUUUAAAGAAGAAAAUCCAGGUAAAAAGACCAAGUCUGUAACAGUAGAGCAAAGCAUCAAUGAAUCUUUAAGGGAGUCCCACUUUUCUGAUGUUGAGGCCUGGCCUUUUGGACGAACAGCAGUGCUGGCGGGGGGAGAGUUUGUCAGUGCUUGAAUCUGUGCUCCCGUCAAAAUGAUCACUCUUCACUGGUUUAAGUAAAGCUGACCUGGAGUUGCUGAAUGUUGUGUUCAUUUUGCUGUUUGCUUAUAGUUGAAUAAAAAUAAAAACAAUGAGUGGACUAACCAGGACUAUCGAGAUAUUUUUUCUU